UUCUUCCUCCCUUUUCAUUGCGAUUAAUGCAUGGCUUGUUUACAGUGAAGGUGAAAUCGUCGUUCCUGUAUCCUCGGCACGAAAUGGAAGAACCCAGCAUUAAGUAUAUUCUUCUACGUGAUCGUGUCGGACACUCAGUUGAAAAAAACAUGUUGUCGCUCGGCCUUACGAUGAAGUCUACACCAAUGCAAGUUUUGCGAGGCGAGAUAUUAGAAGGUGUUCCUGAGGCUGAUCAGCCUACAGACUCAACUAAAGUGGCUGUUGUUGGAAUUGAACGUAAAUCAUUACGUCUUGAAUGUCCUACGGAGGAUAUGGCUCGACUAUCUGAGGAAGAAAGCAACUUGCUUUUAGCAAUUUCUUCAUCUGAAGGAAGAUACCAAACGUAUAUAGAUAGGAAACGUCUGAUAUUUGGCCGACAAUUGUCAGUCGGAAGUACUGUGUUCGUUGAAGUGAAAGGAAAUUCAAAGGUUUUUCCUGGUGCUGUUUGGUACAUAGGUAUAUUACCACCCAGCCUGGGAACUUGGUUUGGGGUCGAACUCAUCAAAAAUCCAGGGUCAGGAACAUGCGAUGGAACAUUUAGAAACAAGCGAUACUUUACCUGUGAGCCAGACUCUGGGGUUUUUGUUGGACUGGACAAAUUGACACCUAGAGAAGAUGAAGGUGACUUGAAAUCUUUGAAAAGUGCAAAAAAAGAUGAAAAUAUUCGGGCUAAACUUAAAUCAAGUCUUAAGGAUUCAAUUUCAUCAUUUUGGAAGGGAAAACAUGAGCAAAGGCCAUCUCAAGGAUUUGUUGGAGUGCUUAAGAUUGAUGAAAGAGUUGUGACAUUUAUUAAUGAUAAUCCAGCCAGAGGGACCGUGCGAUAUUUUGGUGAGGAGAAGGAUUCGACUGGAAAUGUUUACGUAAUAGUAGGGCUAGAACUGGAUAAAAGAGUGGGAUCUGGUUGUGGUAAAAUACUGGGUUCUCAAAAGUUUGUUUGUAAGAGAGAUUAUGCAGCAUUUGUACCAUUGACAACUGUCAUACCAGAGAAGGACUUUGAUGGUUAUCCUGGAAAAGCUGCACCACAAGAAGCUCAAGGAAAGCGGGAGCAAAUUCAUGAAGAUGAAAUGCAUACAAGAUCAAUGAGCUGUGUUAAUGUACUAUCAGGUACUAGUACAGAAUCUGUCAGAAAAGUAAGAAGAACAAAUUCGAUGACCUCUGCUGAAACACAACUCAUGAUGGCAGCUGGAGAAUCCAGCAAAACUGAUCCAAAGGAGUUUAUAGAGAAACAACGUCAAAUGCUAAGGGAGUUUGAGGGUCAAAACCUGCCUGACAAUCAAGAUAAUGAUGUCAUCAUGCACGAUGAAGAAAGGACAGACAGUGCUGGAAAUAUGCACUUUGAAGAUGAUUAUUUUAAAAACACUCCCCAAGACGGGUUUUUGAGUGAUGGGACUAAGAUAAUUACAGUGCAGCCUGGUUUGUCAAAUGGUGACCGUAAUACCAAUUUAAACUAUGUAAACAGUACUCAGGAAUAUUCUGAUUACGUACACCUUGAAAGGGAUGGCAGUGAAACUGAGAAUAGACAAUUGAAAAGAGCUGAAGAAUCUAAGGAACGUGUACAACCUGCUACACAUUCAACUUCUCACCGAUUACCAACAUCUGAAGAUGAAGUAAAGCAGUUCGAGCCAGGAAUAAAUAGAACCAAUGGAUCUGUGCUAACAGCCAAAUUUGUCUCGGAGAGAAAGACAAGUGAAAUUGCAGAAGCUAUGGAAGUGGAAAUGGAAGAUGAAAUGACUUCCAAAGACACCUCAGAGAAGCCAUAUGCACACUCACAUGCACCCUCUUUGCCUAGAGCUGAUUUGGCAGUUGACAAGGGAACUGGUGGCAAUGGCACUAUGUCAGUUGAUAACCAUUAUGGUUUGGAGGUUGGAUCUAUGGUAGAGGUUCCUAUGGCAGAUGGUGUUCCAAGAUGUGGUGUCAUUCGCUGGAUGGGAAAUAUGCCACAAGUGAAGGAAAAGCUGGUAGCAGGUCUGGAAUUGGAAGUGAAGGAGUCUGCAUGUUCAGAUGGGACUUUUAAUAAAGAAAGAUAUUUCACCUGCCCAGCAGGACGAGGUUUCUUUGUUUUACUGGAGCAUUGCCGACCAGAUUCCCGCUUUGCUAACUCACCAAUCACUGAUGUCAGUCUAAAUGCUGAAAAAGACUUUGGAUCUGAGCUUUCUCCAGAAAUCUCAGGCGUAACCAUGCCUCCCAAAACUCUUGAGGAUAAUCACCGUGGGCAGAUGCGUGGUCUCCAAGGUCACCAUAACUCGUGCUACCUUGAUGCCACACUUUUCAGUAUGUUUGCAUUCACAAGUGUGUUUGACACCUUGCUGCAUCGUCGCAAAAAAGAUGAUGAUUUGGAGGAAUAUGAUAAAGUGCAGAGUGUGCUAAGAAACUUGAUUGUCAAUCCUCUCAGAGUGAAAGGUUUUGUUCGUGCAGAUCGCCUUCUUACACUGAGACACCUUCUUGACCAGCUCAGUUCCACAGCAGGCCUAAUAAAUGAAGAAAAAGACCCAGAAGAAUUUUUAAACUCUCUCCUGCAACAAGUAUUAAAAGCGGACCCUUUUCUUCACUUGAAGCCCCGAGAUGUGCAAGAGAAGAAAGGUGAAGGAGCGUUCUUGUACCAGAUCAUAACUGACAAGGAUGAGUCGGUGAAAAUUGCUCAGGUUCAAACUAUGUUGGAGCAGUCUUUUAUCUCAGCGGAUCUCAUACUAUCUGAGGUACCAUCGUGUUUGAUUCUUCAGAUGCCUCGGUUUGGUAACAGAUACAAAAUGUACGACAUGAUUCUACCCAAUCUGGAACUUGACGUCACUCACAUCGUCGAAAAUGUUCCCCGCGAAUGUACCAUGUGCGGCUCUGACGUUGCUCAAUAUGAGUGCAAGAAGUGCUAUCAAAAAGGUCUCCUGAAAGACGGACCCGGAAUAGCGAGCUACUGUAAAGGAUGCCAUGAGAAAGUUCACGGUCAUCGAAACCGUCAGGAUCAUAACCCAAAGCCGAUACUUCUACCUCGAGUGUACGGUUACUACAGUGACCAAAAGAAAACAGGCGAAAGGCAGAUAACAUUCCUCAAACAGAAAAUGGAUCUCUUUGCUGUUGUCUGUAUCGAGACUAGUCAUUACGUGGCAUUUGUUAAGUGUGGUAUGGAUGAAAACGCCCCCUGGUGCUUCUUUGACAGUAUGGCGGACAGGAAAGGAGAAAGAAAUGGUUACAAUAUCCCUGCUGUGACGCCUUGUCCUGAAGCGCUGGAAUGGCUCUCCAAAACCCCCGAAGAAAUCAUUGCAGCAAAGGAGAGAGGCGAGAUGCCUGAAAAAGUACGUCGUCUACUAGGAGAUGGAUAUCUGUGUAUGUACCAGAACUUGGACAUGACUAUGUAUAAAUAAAUCUGGAGACAUACCAGUGGCUACGUCUCCAACACGUUCGAAUUACGUCGUUCAUUCGAGGAUUCACCGCUUCUUAAGUAGGAAGUCAAGUUAACUACACCGCAUGCAAUGCACGUGUAAAAUACUUGGGGAAGUGCCUCUCACUAGGUUAUGUAUUAGUAUUUGGGAGAGAAAUGUAUAUAAGGAAAAAUUAAAAAAGUGAUUUUUUUCAGGCGUAUACCUAUAAUUUGUAAACUUAUUUUUUAGCCUCGCUCGCAUUUCUGUUAUGCGUCAUGAGCAAAGUUCAUUGACACUAAAAUGAUGGAAAAAUUGAUAGUUGUAUGUAAAGCAGAAGAGAAUCAUUCAAAAUGAAAAACCAAAAUUGAGAGCGAUUUAUCUAUCACUUAGAAAGUAAGCAAAAUCAAAAUCUUGUCAUGUUAAGUACAUAGAACUUAACUGCUUUAAGUUUCAUUUCACUUAAGUCGAAUACAAUACGAACAGUAGAAUUUGUACAGUUAUAGUGAACUCAAAGAUUGAUAGACAUAAAUUUUGUAAGCUUGUGAUGUCUAACGAAACUAUGUUAAGAGUGAAAGGGUUUCGUAGACGCGUAAAAAAUUAUACUGUGCAGGUAGAGGUUUACGCGACGGGGAGGGGGGGAGGGGUGAAACGGGUUGAAGGAUGGGAGGUUAAAAUGUGGACAACUUUACAUGGAGUAUAAGUGCUCAGUUAGUUUAGUCUAGGCUCCUAAAAGAGUAUAGUUAAUUCAAUUUUUACGAAAACUUCUGUAGCGUUUGGUUCAAUUCCUUGAUAUAUGGUUAGCUUUUGUUAUAAUCCGCGUUUGGGUAGUACUCUUGUACUUCCAUUUGUAUUCAGAAAAAAUUCAGAAACAUUAAAUAAAUUUAUUUGCAUUACUUUA